AUGGCCUUGGAGUCCGGCAGCAGCAGCUCCGAAUCGGGCAGCUCCACCAGCAGCGGCUCCACCAGUUGCUCCGACACGGGCAGCAGCUCGGACACAGAUUCCAGCAGUGCGACGCCGGAGGAAACCAAGCCAUCAUCCUCGAAAUCUCAGACACAGGCGCAGCAACAACAAGCGAAUUCCGGAAGUGCGCCGCGAAGAAAAGCCCCUCCUCCGGCAGCGGAAGAUAAACCCAAACCGAGUACCAGCCGAAAAGUUCCGAAUCCCCCCAGCAAUAGAUUAUCCAGCGAUGAUGACGACGAUGAGGAGGCACCGCCGGCCAAAAAGAACGCACGUACGCUGGGUAGCUCCACGGUGACGGCAACAGCUGCAGCAUCUACGGUCCGCAGGAAACCGCCAGCGGCUGUUAACAAAACCAGCAAUCCAGUAAGCAAACCGAGUAAUCCGCCACAGCGAUCGGGAACCGGAAAUGCCAACAACCGUUCCCGCGAAAACGGCGAGGGUAAGAGACCGUCGCUUUCCUCCUCCUCGAACAGCACGGAUGACUCCAUGAAAAUUGUAAAGAAUGGCCGCAAGAUUCCCGUGAAGAUGGCCAGCACGGUGAGGCCAAAACAGAUUCGGGGGAAACUGCCGCCGGCCAAGAAAAAUGGUGGAGGAGGUAAUGGACCAGCAAUUAGCAGUGACGGAAGCUCGGGAUCCGAGAGUGGGUCCAACUCUGGAGAUGAUUCCAGUUCGGUGAGUGAUUCGGAGGGCACCGAUUCCAGUAAUUCCUACAGCUCGCAGCCAGCAAAGGGAGGAGCAGCCAAGGGUAAAAGAGCAGGUGGAGCUGCUAAAAUACAAAACUCCGACAGCGAGGAGGAGCGUAAAGAUAAGGCCAAUCCAAUGAGGAAACUCACAAGAUCUCUCAGCAUGCGGAGAUCCAAGCAACAGCCAAAACAGGAAACUGAUUCCGAGUCCGAUGGCGACCUGGACGAUGACAAGGUGCCAAUCUCGAAGAGUCCCGCCAAAAAGCCUGUGGCAACACCCUCGAAUUUGAAUUCCGCUGCCAGCAAAAGCAAGGUGAAGAAGGAGUCUAUAGGGAUUAGCAGUGGAGUGCUUAGCUCCAUCAAGUCCCGACCCGUUUCACCCAUCACACAGACGGAAAAGAAGUGCCCCAUCGAGGGUUGUGACUCAUCAGGACACCUGAGUGGCAAUUUAGAUAGGCAUUUCCUGCCCGAAGCCUGUCCCAUCUAUCACAAUAUGUCCGCCUCAGAGUGCAAGGAGCGAGCUAAUGAGAGAAAGCUAAGGAAUGAGCAAAGGCUGAAAAUGCCCGUAAACAUAGUGACGGCGCCGGGGAAUCAGCAGCCCAAUCAUCUCAAGACACUGACGCCCGAGCAGCGCGAAUUUCUGGCCAAGAUUCGUGAAUCCAGGGCCAACUUUAGGCCGGCCAAUAAUAAUUUUCUGGACUCUAAGGUUAAGCUUGAAAAAGACUGCACGGAUGAGGACCGAGAACCGAAUCUGUCCGGUCUGGUGCCCGACUACGACCUGCAAUUGUUUAGGGAGGCUCAGGCCCAGGCCUCUGAAAGGAUAGAAGACGAGUUAAAGGAUUUGCCGGUGGGCAAGGGUAUCAAAUACAUCAGCAUGGGCAAGUACAAGAUGAAGGUGUGGUAUCAAUCCCCCUAUCCGGAUGAUGCCGCCCGCCUGCCAAAGAUGUAUAUCUGUGAGUUUUGCCUGCGCUACCAGAAAUCGGAGACGGGCAUCAAAAGGCAUGCGGAGAAGUGCGUCUGGCGUCAUCCGCCGGGGGAUGAGAUCUACCGGAAGGGUAAACUGCAGGUGUGGCAGGUGGAUGGGAAGCGGUAUAAGCAAUACUGCCAGCAUCUAUGCCUUCUGGCCAAGUUCUUUUUGGACCACAAGACACUCUACUACGACGUGGAGCCAUUUCUGUUUUACAUUAUGACAUUGGCCGAUGUGGAUGGAUGUCAUAUUGUUGGUUACUUUAGCAAGCAUAUUCCCUUUUUGCAAGAGAAGAAUUCGUUCUAUAAUGUUUCUUGUAUCUUAACAUUACCGCCAUAUCAGAGAAAAGGCUAUGGAAGAUUACUCAUCGAUUUCAGCUACUUGCUGACCCGCGUGGAGGGAAAAAUCGGUUCGCCAGAGAAACCAUUAUCCGAUCUCGGGCUGAUAUCGUAUCGUUCGUACUGGAAGGAUGUCCUCUUGGAUUAUUUGUGCAAUAGGUCGGGCAAUACGCUUUGCAUCAAGGAUGUGUCGCAGGAAAUGGCCAUCUAUUCGUAUGAUAUUGUAAGCACGCUGCAAGCUCUGGGCAUGAUGAAGUACUGGAAGGGCAAACACAUAGUUCUUAAAAAGCAGGAUGUCCUCGAUGAGUAUGAAGAGAGAGUGAAGAGGAGAGGAACCUUUCCCAAGAUCGAUGACUCUUGCUUGAGAUGGCAACCAUUUAUUCCCGUUCAGCCGAGUGCAUCUCCAUAACAACGUGGUUGGAAGCAUGCUAGAGCAUGCUUUGCGGACGCCGACGACGAUGACGAAUCCUUGGCCCCGAAUUCCUGAUUUUAGAGAUUUUAUUUUU